CGGUAUUCCUGCGCCGCAUCAAAAGAUGUUACACAAUGGAGUUACGCGUCGUCUGGACGGGCUUCAGAACAAAGGAGUGUAACAUAACAUAAAUAAGCGUAACAUUAUUUGCUGAUCCGACCAAUCUGCAUCAGUCGCCCCUGUUGUCAGUACGUAGAAUCGUUAUUAGAAUAUAUUCUUAGCUUUUAGCAUGGAGUGGAACGAAGAAACUACUCUUCGAUUUAUCGAUAUAUAUAAAGAAAACGAUUUGCUCUGGAAUCCAAAAAAUCAGAAGUAUUACAAUAAAAUAAUGAGAAAUGAUGCGUGGCUUGAUAUAAGCAAGCAAAUGAAUCUAACACCAGAAGAGUGCAAGAGAAAAAUGUUUUCUUUAUUGGCAGCACUAAGGCGUGAAAAAUCGCAAAUAAAGAAAAGCCAAGGUACGGACGAAAUAUAUAAUAGUUCAUGGUUUGCGUUUCAAAGUUUGCAAUUUAUGUUGGAUAAAGAUGUACCGACAAAUACAUUAAACACAGUAAAUAAAAUUAUUUUUACAGCACCUGAAAAUGUAGAACGUGUACAAGAUAAUGUAUCAUCGCAGUCAGAAAAUAAUGAAGAAGGCAUGACUAAUAUACUACAGCCCAUUGAAAAUAAAACUCCUUUAAGGAAAAGAAAAAACAUGAACAUGAUUUAG